GGUCGGGCCAUGGCGCGGGUGCUGGUGGUGGGCGCGGGGCUGACGGGCAGUGCCUGCGCGGCGCUGCUGCGGGCUGCGGCGCCGGGCCGCCUCGAGGUGUGGGACAAGGCCCGCGGCGCAGGGGGCCGCAUGAGCACGAGCCGCAGCGCGCCGGACGCCGCCUGCACUGCCGACCUGGGCGCGCAGUACCUCACACUGGAGACGGGGCGCGCGGGCCCGCGCCGCAGCUUCUAUGAGGAACUUUUGUCUCAUGGCAUCUUGGAACCACUGACUGCACCCAUUAAAGGAAUGGUAGUGAAAGAAGGCUCUCGCAAUUACAUGGCACCCCAGGGCAUCUCCUCAGUUGUCAAGUAUUACUUAAAACAGUCAGCAGGUGCGGAUGUCUUCUAUGAACAUCAUGUAACUCAAAUCUCUCUUCGAGACGGGAAAUGGGAAGUCUCCAGGAAAAUGGGAUCUCCGGAACAGUUUGAUAUUGUUAUUCUCACAAUGCCUGUUCCGCAAAUUCUUCAGCUACAAGGUGACAUUGUAAACAUAAUUAAUGAAAGUCAAAAGCAGCAGCUGGAAUCUGUGAGCUAUUCCUCUCGCUAUGCUCUGGGACUUUUUUAUGAAGCUGGUACACGGAUUGAUGUCCCCUGGGCUGCGCAGUACAUCACCGAUAAUCCCUGCAUACGCUUCAUCUCCAUCGAUAAUAAGAAACGCAAUAUAGAGUCUCCUGAAAUUGGACCAUCAGUUGUAGUUCACACAAGUGUGACAUUUGGACAUGAUCACCUGGAAUCAGAGCCUGACGAGGUACAGCAGUUAAUUCUCAAUCACCUGGAAAGCAUUGUGCCAUCUCUGCCUAAACCAACCAGCAUCAAAUGUCAGAAAUGGAGAUACUCUCAGGUUACAAAGGCUGUACCCAAUUGUCCAGGACAGAUGAUUCUUCAUACUCAACCUCUCCUAAUUUGUGGGGGUGAUGGAUUUACUCAUUCCAAUUUUGAUGGCUGUAUAGAUUCUGCUGUGAGCCUUGUGGAGGCUAUAAAGUCUCAUUUAUAGCAAUUUAAAGUCAUCUGCUAUACAUAGUCUAGAUUUAUGAUGAAUUUUACUAUGUUAGAUUGCAUUCUAGUUCAGUGUUAACAUCACUGGCAUCUAUUUUGCAAAAAUAAAUAAAGGAAGAUCUGUUUAA